CAAAGUAGCGGAGAUCAGAGGGGGCCUGCGUUGGCCCAUCCAUGUCUAUGGUAUGAUCGCCGCGCGCGACAUCGUCGACAGAAACCGCAACAUCAUCUUCGACCGCUCCAGGGAUCACUGCCAAACCCUCACCAAAGAGGAUUCGUGCUUGGUAAUGACAGGUCCUACCCGUCCUAUUGUUAUGUUGGGUGCCGCAACCUUUGAGAUUGCGCUAAAAGUGAAGGAAGGCAGCACUGAGUCUAGGGAUAAAGUAUUAAGCUUCUUGGCGGUUCCUCAUGACAAUGUUAGCUAUUUGGAGCUUUCCUGCGCAACAGAUAGGAAAUACAUCAGCAAGCUUAGCACACUGGAGUUUACAAUGAGUCAAAUUGCUCGCUCCCUGGAGGCGACAAUCAGCGUGCAAAUGGUCGAUGGGUCGUCAUGGCCACACGGUGUCCGAGGUGAAUUUUCCGCCUGUACCACCAGUAUGGCCGACAGGAAAGUAGUUUUACUCGAUUCUGGAAGCGAGAAGGAUGUGGAGGUUGGUGCAGAUGGCAUGAUCCAGCUAUCUAGGCGUGUCGCUUCCGUCGAAUUCACCGGAGAGCUGAAGGUUUGUGUGGAUGCAUGGUGGCAAGGCGAGAUGAAACCCAAGAAAGCCUGGAAGGUUUUCAAGCCCAAGAAAGCUGGUAGGAACUAUGGCACCUUCAAUCUUGUCGGCAUGUGUAAGAUGAAAGUCACCGUUGCCUGGUCGCUUCUUUCCUACUAUCCGGUUAACCGCCCCAAUAGUCCUUACGGUUCACUGGCUUUACUCAGGGAGGCAGAAGGACGUACUGUUUAGUAGUGUUAGAGUUACGAUAUACUUCUGGUGCGCCUUGUUCAGGCGUUGCAUGAACACAUGAAGUUUAGAUUGUACUAGUAAUCAUGUAUUGUAGUUUCAUUUCGAAUCCCAUGGCCAACUUUGUGUGGAUGCAAAGCAGCGCUAUGGGUUGAGUUGCUUUGGUGGUGCCAAGUUAUCCGUCGUUUUCA